ACCAAUCGUCCUCGCAUUAUCCAUCCAUCAUCGACUAAUCCAGUGUACGUCGUUAGUUGUUACUCAAGAGAUCAAUACCGCAACAAUGGCCGGGGGUUUUGCCGUCUCCAAGUCCGGCGCCGACGGCCGGGAGUUCAAGGGCAGGAUCACCUGGUACGUCUGGAUGUGCGGCAUCGUCGCGGCCACCAGUGGCCUCAUGUUCGGCUACGACGUCGGCAUCUCUGGUGGGGUGACGGCCAUGGACGACUUCCUGGAGCUCUUCUUCCCGUCGGUGUACGCGCGCAAGCACCGCGCCAGGGAGAACAACUACUGCAAGUUCGACGACCAGCGGCUGCAGCUCUUCACGUCGUCGCUGUACCUGGCGGCGCUGGUGGCCAGCUUCGUGGCGUCGCGCGCGUGCUCGCGGUUCGGGCGCAAGCGCACGAUGCAGGCGGCGUCGGUCUUCUUCCUGGCCGGCACGGCGCUGUGCGCGUCCGCCACCAACAUCGCCAUGCUCAUCGUGGGCCGCGUCUGCCUCGGCGUCGGCGUCGGCUUCGGCAACCAGGCGGCGCCGCUGUUCCUGUCCGAGAUCGCGCCGGCGCACGUCCGUGGCGCGCUCAACAUCCUCUUCCAGCUCAACGUCACCGUCGGCAUCCUCAUCGCCAGCGUCGUCAACUACUUCGCGUCGCGCGCGCACCCGCUCGGCUGGCGCUACGCGCUGGGCGGCGCGGCGGCGCCCGCCGCCGUGCUGUUCCUCGGCUCGCUCGCCAUCACCGAGACGCCCACGAGCCUGGUGGAGCGCGGCCGCACCGACGCCGGCCGCCGGACGCUGGAGAAGAUCCGCGGCACCGCCGACGUGGGCGCCGAGUUCGACGAGAUCCGGGCCGCGUGCGACCUUGCCCGCGCGCUCGGCGAGGAGGAGAAGCCAUACCGCCGGCUGAUGCGCCCCGAGAGCCGCCCGCCGCUGGUGAUCGCGAUCGCCAUGCAGGUGUUCCAGCAGUUCACGGGCAUCAACGCGCUCAUGUUCUACGCGCCGGUGCUGUUCCAGACCAUGGGCUUCGAGACCGACGGCUCCCUGCUGUCGGCCGUGGUCACGGGCAGCGUCAACGUCGUGUCUACCGUCGUGUCCAUCGUCCUCGUCGACAGAGUCGGCCGCCGCAAGCUCCUGCUGGAGGCGUGCGCGCAGAUGCUGGUGGCGCAGACGGCCGUGGGCGCGAUCAUGCUGGUGCAUGUGCGGGCCAACAACAACCCCAGCCAGUCGUGGGCGGUGGCCAUCGUCGUGCUCAUCUGCGUCUACGUGUCAAGCUUCGCCUGGUCCUGGGGCCCGCUCGGGUGGCUCAUCCCGUCGGAGACGUUCCCGCUGGAGACGCGCACGGCCGGCUUCUCGUUCGCCGUCAGCUCCAACAUGCUCUUCACCUUCCUCAUCGCGCAGGCGUUCCUGUCCAUGAUGUGCUCCAUGCGCGCCUUCAUCUUCUUCUUCUUCGCCGCCUGGAUCGUGGUCAUGGCUAUCUUCGUCCUCACGCUGCUGCCGGAGACCAAAGGCGUGUCCAUCGACGAGAUGGUGGACCGGGUCUGGCGCCGCCACUGGUUCUGGAAGAGGUGCUUCGCCGACGACUACGACGCGGCCAGGGUCUAUGACAACUGCUAGUGCUAGGCACACACGCCGCCGGGGAUUAGUUUUUUUUUUGUCAUUGUAAUUAGAAAUCGGCCUGAUUAAUUGAUUUCGUUGCUAUGACAUUUAAAUUGAUGUCGUUGCAAUCAGCAGGCAAAACUAUAUAGUAUAUGAGAAAU